AUGAACGCUAUUAAACCUAAAACAAUUGUAUUGGAUGUUGAUGGAACAUUAACCUUACCUACUAUGAUGACUCCAACAGAGAAGGUUAAACAAGCUCUUCAACGUGAAAUUCAAGCUGGAGGUGAGAUUCUUAUUGCAUCAGGAAGACCUUUAAAAACAGUAAUACCUAUUGUAGAAAGUGUUGGAUGUUCACCAAUAACUGUAUUAACAAGCAAUGGUAAUUUAACUGUUAGAAUUCCUGAAAGAAAAGUCUUAGCAUAUCAUCCAUUAAACAUACAAGCAUGUAUGCCAAUAAUUGAAGCCCUUGUAAAAGAGGGGGUAUGUGGCUAUUUAGUAUUAUGCAAUAAAAAAGAUAUAGAAAAUGGAGGAACUGAUGGCAAUGCACGGAUUGGGGAUUACUUAAAAAUCAUAAAAGAAGAAGAAGACCAAAGUGUUAAUAUUCCUCCAAUUGAUUAUAGUAAGUUUCAACACUGUGAUAGAUUUAUUCAACCUAUUUCAUUUGAAGAGGUUAAGAAAAUGAAAGACUCUGAUAUUUUGAGUAUUCAUAUUCAUCCAUCAACAGUAGAAGAAACUAUUUAUUUAAUGGAAUUAUUGAAAAAAUAUAAUAGCCAUGACAUUGAAGUUAAACGCUCAGGAGAAAAAAUUAUUGAAUUAUAUAAUCCAAAUAUUAGCAAAGGUACUAUUCUUGAGCAACUUCAUUACCAAGGACUAGUUGUGUAUAUGGGAGAUUCAGAGAAUGACAUUACUGGAAUAGAAUGGGCUGUAUCUCAUCAUGGUUAUGGUGUUGCUAUGGGAAAUGCAUUUGACUCAGUAAAGGAGAGGUCCAAUUUUAUAACUAAAACCGUUCAAGAAGAUGGGGUGGCUUAUGCAUUAGAAUGGAUAAAUUCAACUUUAGACAAUUCAGACAAAUAA